AUGAGAUUGUCCGGUCCUCUGCCGCCGGAGCUGGGGAAACUGGAGCAGCUGCAGUACAUGGAAAUGAGCGGCAACAGUCUGCAGGGCCCGAUCCCGUCAGAGUUCGGCAAGUUGAAGAACCUGAUCAGCAUGGACCUGUACAACAACGACCUUUCAGGACCCCUACCAACGACGCUUGGGAACCUCAAGUCCCUAAAGGUCCUGCGUAUCGACCACAAGCACAACCGCCUGACGGGACCGAUCCCCAGGGAGCUGUCUGGACUGCCCAACCUUGGAACUGUGGAUUUCUCGAGCAAUGACUUGUGCGGCACGAUCCCGACGACGGGACCGUUCCAGAACAUUCCCUCACCAGGUAGCUUCUCCAACAACCCGCGGCUGAAGCAGGGGCCGGGCGAGUAUGACGCUAACUGCUAG